GGCGGGGGCGGCGCCUCCCGCCGUUCGCGGGCCGGGCUGAGCCGCCGGAGAAAGGCGGCACCGGCUCCGACCGGGUGGGCGCCCGCCCUCCGACCGACCGCCAUCCUUCUGUCCGGCCGUAUUUCCAUCCAUCCAGAGGCGCCGGCAGUCCUGGAGGAUGGUGGUGCCUGGGAACGCCCCGCUGAUCCAGCAGGACCCCGCGCUGGAGCCGGCCCUGGGCAGAGACGCCCCCGGGCACUCGGCCAUGGGCACGGAGCCCCCCGAGGAUGUGGGUCCCGAGGUGCGGAAGCUGCGGGAGCUGGUCAGGAGGCUGGAGCUGGACAAUCAGCACGCCAGGAGCAGGAGCAGCAGGACCCUGCUGGGGACAAACGUGCCGGGGGACAUCUGCGCCGGGGUGGAUAACCAUGAGCCUGGCCUCAACGGGAUGGAGAUCAACAACAGCAUCAACGCCAUCACCGAGCAGCAGGAGUUCCAGCUGAUGGCGGGUCUGCACAGCCAGCUGAGCAAAAUGAGGCAGGAGGAAGGAGAGAACAACUUCAAAAGAGCCCUGGAUGCCCCAAUGCAGUACAGCUGCAACAGUGCCCCCCAGGAGGUGUCCCCCAACGGGGGGCAGAGCCACGGCAAUGGCCGGUGUCCUUCCCCUGUGGAUACAAAUGACAGCUCCGAGCUCCUGGGCAGCCUGCUCAUGGCAGGGAUCCGUGCCCCGGCUGGAAUCCAUGAACAGAAUCCCAGUGAAAAGGGUGCAGAUCUGGAGGGGCUUCCCAGCCACGCGGAUCUGGAUGAAGUCAAAGUGUUAGAACUGGAAAAUUGCCCCGAGGAGGAGGAUUGCUGGCUCUAUGUGUCUCCAAGGAAAUCCGUGGAUGAGAAGACAGCCUCUCCUCUGAAAUGGUGCCGGCAGGUGCUGGACAAUCCCAGCCCCGAGAUUGAGGCUGCCUGCAGAACCCUCAUCAACAGGCUGGACCAAGCCAGUAGAUGGAAAAACCUGUAUUGCAGCCCCCUGGCAUCUCCCAGCGCACAUAACCUGAAUUCCGAGGCAGGCUCCUGUAGCAAUGCACUAAACUCUCCUGGGCACCUCAAAUCGACUAACAAAGCACUACUAACCUGUGGCAGCUCAGGGUACCUGAGCAUGCACUCGGCCCUGAGCUCCCAGUCCUCGGUGGACAGCGAGCUGAGCACCUCGGACGACUCCAUCUCCAUGGGCUACAAACUGCAGGACCUCACUGAUGUCCAGGUCAUGGCACGGCUGCAGGAGGAGAGCCUGCGGCAGGACUGCGCCUCCAGCUCCGCCUCCGUGUCCCGGCGCAGCUCCAGCGCCUCCCUGCACUCGCUGCGCCGCGGCACCUACAGCGACCAGGAAUUCGACACCUACAGCCUGGAGGAUGAGGACGACUGCGACUGCUCGCUGUCCCUGCGCAGCGCCCACCGCUACUCGCCGUCCCCGCUGAGCUCCCCGCGCUGCCAGUCGCCGUCGUCGGGCGCGGAGCUGGGCAGGGCCGCGGCGUCGCGGCUGCGCGCCCCGCGCAGGGCGGUGCAGAGCCCCAUGCAGGAGCGCCUCAAGUACGCCAACAGCGAAGAGGAGCUGAGGCACAGCAUGCCCAACCUGGCCCGCAGCAGCCUGCGCGCGCUCGAGGCCGUGCGGAGCAGCCGCAGCCUGGAGUCCGACCUGCAGGUGCCCAGCAGCCGCAUCCCAAGGACGCAGCAGCGGUCAGCAGGUCUGACUCCCAGCAAGCUCAGGUAUUCCUCGGGGGCCGCGCAGUCCCCGCUCACGGGGCGCCCGCCCGGGAAGGCGGCCUCGGGAGCCAACUCCCUGCUGCCCGGCAGGCAGGUGGGGAAGCCCUGCAGCUACACGGCUCCAGUCCCCCCAGUUCGCAAGCCACAGCUCCACACCACCUCUCCCAGCAGCAGUUGCACUUCCAGAAGCACCACCAUGGUCACUGUGGCCAAAGCCUCUGCCCUGAAAGCACGGCCGGCUGUGGGAGGGGUGGCCGUGCCCAAGGGAAAGGCAACGCCCCCGUCCAGGAGGUUCCUCCAGGCAGCACAGACCCCCCAGGCCCCCGAGGAUGACUCCUGGAAGGACGGGUGCUACUGACACCCCAGAACACCUCUGUGGAGCAGAUCCCAGCUGGCUGGGCAUGACCUCCUGGGAAAGGCCCUGAGCCCGUCCCUGCCACUGCUGUACAUAUCCCUCAUUCCUGUGCUCUCCACACCCCCACCUCCCUCUGCUCUGCCAGGAGCCGGGGCUGGGACACGCAGCUCCCACCCUGCACUCAAACCUGAGUCUUCCCAGGAAGACUGGAAAAGCCUUAUUUCAUCCACACCCCAGCUGCAGCCCUGGGCAAGGCCUGCCACCAUCCCCUCCCAGGGAUGCUGCAGAGCUGGGGGUGUCCUCUCUGUGCCAGAAGCAGCUCUGAGCUGGUGCUGUGGCAGAGCUCGUGGAGAGUAGAAAUAGUGACAUAGGUGUUAGAUUUGAGACUUUUUAAGCCCAACCUGAUGUACUCUAAUAUUUGUCUGGAAUUCAACUGGGUUUGGUUUGGAUUUUUUUUUUUUACUUCUGUAUAGAAUGUAUUUCUGCUACUUUUUAUUGUUUGGUCUAGAGUUGCAGCAGGUUUUUAUAACUGUAGAACACUCCGAGCUGUGGUAUCCAGGUGUCAGCACAGGUCACAAGGAGCAGUACACAAUAUUUGUGUGGGGUGUGAACAGGCAGGGACAGGGAUGCCACUUAAAAACUGCUGGGCACCAGCACCUUCUUACCUCAACUGAGCAAGUUCAACACCACUUAAGACUAAACUUUUUAAAAAUCACCUUCCCUCACAGCUUUGUAUUGAAGUGUUGGAGCUCAGCUGGUUCCCAACUGCCCUGACUUUUGUAGAAGUUUUCUACUGUCUCUUAAGGAUUCUGUUCCAGUGUCCUUUUCCUCAGCAAAUGCUGGAUGCUACAAAUACAGUCUUAGUCCAGGAAAUAUGCACUGAUAGCAAUGUUCUCCCUGCCAUCAAUGUGACUUUGAUAGUGUAGUUUAAUAAAAUGUUAUGGUGCUGAAAGAGAUCUGCUUUAUUCCAACAGUGAGUGUUGUGCCACAAACGAGGCUUCUCCUGACAGAAGAGAGCUCUGCAAGGAUAAACAGGGCUCCAGUAAAGUCUGGUAGGAUGCAAGGAGUGAGAUUGACCUUUAAUUCCUCAGAGAUCAGAAGAACAAAGGUGGGUGUUAGUAAAUCAAAAAUCCACAGCACUCAGUGUGUGCCAUUUCUGAAACAUCCUCACGUGGCCUGAGCAGAGGCAAAGGCAGGAAGCAGCACAGGGGGAGGUUCCUGCACUGCAGAGAUCGCCUGUGACCCAGGAAAAGAGGAAGAGACAGAGCCCCACAGUGCUCUGAGGGGCCCUGGAGUGUUCCUGAGCCACCACUCAGCCUCUUCCAGGCCAGGGCUGGCACCAGCUGCACUCACAGGGCAGAGAAGGGGCCCAGGAGGCUCAGCUGGAGCUGCUGCUCCAUCCCUGGCUGUCACCCUCUGCCCUCCCCAGGGUGACAAAAUUGAAUUUAGAGAGCUCCCACCCUGAUGAAGCUCAGUGGGGUCCCACCACUGCCCUGUUGAUUCUUUCCUCUCGUGCAGAACAUUCUUUUCUGAGACCUCUCGCUGCUGGCACAGCUGGACCCUGCUCACACUGAUCUUUCCAGAGCACUGAAAGGUAAAAGCAGCAACAUCUGAUUUCUCUGGUACUGGAGGGUUCUGCUGCCUUUCCUGUGCCCUGUAUUCCAGAGGGGAUUUUCCAGGCACUGCCUUUCUCUGCCCACCUGAGUCAAGAGCUGCUGCUCUUUCAUGGACAUUUAACAGCAGGUGAAGAACAAACUUCCUGCAAGUUGGAUGUGAACUAGUUGAAGGCUACAUCCCAGUUCAGGCCUCUCAGGCAGGGGGAACUGUUUCCUUUCUUCCAGCCUGGCUGGCUGUAGAGAUGCAGACCUGGAUGCAGUUCCAGGCUGAGCAGAGCAGCAGGAAGGUGCUGAGGUUGCAUUCUGGGAUUCCCAGGCGUUUCCAGUACAAACCUGAUUCUGACAGGCACUUGGGAGAGUCCCACUCAGGAGGGAACACAGCACAGCUCUGUCAGAGCCAUCACACUUGGGAGCUGUUAAUUUAAUUUUAUCCUUUCUUUUUUCUGAGCUGUUCCCACACCGAGUGAUCUCCCUUCAGCUCCCAAUAUUCUCUAUCAUCCCAAGCCCUGGCUGAUACCAUUAAAAUGCAGCUUUGCCUCAAACUGAGAAAACAAUCAGCAACUCCAACAGUUUCUCCAAGAGGAAACCCACCUCCCUCAUCCCGAAGCAUUAGCCUGCUUCCAAAACCCCCCUGCAUCAGCACGGAGCAUUCCCAAGGUAGUUUUUCCACAAAACUACAGAACUCUGCUUUCUGUACAGGAAUUUAAUUGAAAUCAAGGUAAUGGUUUUUUUACACUAAUGCCUCAGUGCAUCCUUGAGAAGGAAAGGAAAGAUUUUAAAAAUUAUUUGUACAUAAGACAAGAAAUCAUCCAAAUGAACGUGGUAACAGCACAAUCCCUAAAACAUGCACAGCUGGACCUAGGGCUGCAGGAGCAGGAGCUGCUGGGAGGGGGCUCCAAGCUUUACAUUCAGAACAGAAAGAGAAGCAGGUGCCAGUGGCCACUGGCACUUUGUGGAUAUCAA